GUCAUCUAAAACAGGCCCAGCAAACGUCAUGGUCCUGUUCAGAGGUGCAGCGAGAUGUAGAAGUCAAUUACAUGCAUGAGCUCUUCAGAUGAGGCGAGCGACACAUUCAGGCUGCUCAUUAUCAUGUCAACGUGCAGCUCCUGGAAGGUUUUCUGCUUCUUGGCUCUGCUGGUAACACUGGUGUCCCAGAGCGAAGGAGGUUGUCAGGAUACGGGAAUGUGUUGCAUCGGACAAAACCAGUCAUGCAUUAGUGAAGACUGGAGGACAGACCGCUCCUUUGGAGAGUGCUAUUGCGACCAGGCAUGCAAGACCACAUUGGACUGUUGCCACGACUAUGACCUUGCCUGUCCAGCUGUAUCUUGUGUGGUGAGUGAAUGGAGCCUAUGGUCUGGCUGUUUGGAGCCCUGUAAACCCAUACUGCGCACCAGGAGGAGGCAGGUGAUUCAGGAAGCACGUAAUGGAGGUGAACCCUGUCCGUCUCUUCAGCAGACCGCAGGAUGUGCCGAGUACCAUGAUCAGCAUGGUCCAUGCCUGCAAUCACUGGUCCCGGCUCUCAUCACCACGGGUGGAUAUGGAAAUGCUCGGAAAAAGCGGGAGGUUUUGGACAACAUCACAGGUUACUGUGUGGAGUUUGAGCUCACGUCUCUGACGGCGGGUUGUCAGCGCAGCUUCAGUCCACACACUCGCUGGAUGCGCUACCUGAAGGAGGGCCAUCAAGUGUGUGUAGAGUGUCAACCCCCAGCACUGACCCCGGGUCAGCGCUACUGCUCCGGGGACGGGGAGAACAUGGGACACGACAGGAGUGUGUCUCUGCAGUGGCAGGCCGUGGGGAAUUCUCAGUGCCGAGGGGUGUGGAGACGCGUCCGUCGAAGAGACUCCUGCUCCUGUCCCACAGUGCACAGUUUUCUCUUCAUCUAA